AUGGAGCUCGUUCAUAUCCCCAUGAUCCUCUCCCUCGCAGCCGCCGUCUCCGUCUGCGACGGGGCCGCCGGCGCCGCCACUGGCAUUCCUGGCGGCGGCGACGUCGGUUUCAUCCGAGCCUCGUGCAGUUUCACCCUCUACCCGAGGGUAUGUGAGAGAUGCCUCGCACGCUACGCCAGCGCCGUCAAGGGCAGCCACUGCCACCUCGCUGGCGCCGCCGUCAACGAGACCCUCAGAGUUGCCCGGUCAGCGUCAACCUUGGUGGGCCGCUACGCUGUCAGGUCCCCCGCCGCCGGAGCCAUCAGUGACUGCCUCGAGACGGUCGGCGAGAGCGUUGACCUGCUGAGGCAGUCGGCGGAGGAGCUCCGGCAGAUGGGCCGGCCGGGGACACCCAACUACGCCUGGCGGCUGAGCAACUUGCAGACGUGGGUCAGCGCCGCCCUCACCAACGAGAUCACCUGCCUGGACGGCGUCACCCGCGCCCGCGUUGACCCUGUUGUCAAGGCCACCAUCUGCGGAAGAAUUAUCGGUCUGAAGCAGAUGACGAGCAACGCCCUCGCCUUCAUCAACCAUCUCGCCGCCGGGCCUUAA